AUGACGACGCCUGCGAUUCGGAUCCCCUUUACGGGCCCACUCCCACCUGCCUUAAUUCUUCCACCGUCUGCGACUACCCUAGCAGGAGCCAUAGAGGCUGUAACGUCUUUCUUCACUGCGCCACCGUCCUUGAAUCUCCGAGGCGUCGAUGUGGGAAGGCAUUCCCAAACGGUGCUGCUGACCGGCGCAGGCAUCUCCGUCGAGUCAGGCCUGUCGGAUUAUCGCGGCGAGCAGGGCACCUACCGGCGCAACAAAUCCUAUCGUCCGAUUUACUUCCACGAGUUCAUCUCCCGUCACGAGUCACGCAAACGCUACUGGGCGCGCAGCUUCGUCGGAUGGCCCGGUCUAGUGAAAGCAAGACCCAACUCUACGCACUGGGCUAUCAAAGGUCUUGGGGAUAAAGGCUACAUCAGCUCUGUGGUGACACAGAAUGUCGAUUCGUUCCAUUCCCACGCGCAUCCGGAGCUGGACAUCCUCGAACUGCACGGGUACCUGCGAUCGGUCGUUUGCACAAGUUGUCGCAGCCAGCUUCCCCGAGCCGAUUUCCAAGCUUCUUUGGAGAGGCUCAAUCCGGCUUGGUCCGAGUUUCUGGCUCGCAUGGUCGAGCAGGGCGCCCUCGACACAGACAACCCGGAGGAGCAACGACGGAAAGGUCUGAAGCUCAAUCCGGACGGUGAUGUUGAUCUGGCCGAAGCGCCUUACUCGACUUUCCGUUAUCCGUCAUGUCCGACGUGCUUGGAAAAUCCUCCCACGCUGGAAGAUGGCAGAAAGGCCAUUGUGGAGGUGGAGAAUGACGGCGCAUGGAUGUCGACGUCCAACGCCGGUAUUCUCAAGCCUGCUGUGGUUAUGUUUGGCGAGAACAUUGACCCUCUAGUGAAAUCGGCGGCUGAAGAGGCAAUCGAUGACGCUGGGCGGCUACUCAUCUUGGGUAGCAGCCUGGCGACGUAUUCGGCGUGGCGCUUAGUGGAACGAGCAUUCAAGCGUGGCAUGCCCAUUGGAAUCAUCAAUGUUGGGGGUGUACGGAAUGAAGCAAUGCUCUUUGGAAACAUUGGGCAGUCGUCUUCGCAUGUUCGAUGUAGCCAUCCAUCUCAGUUGGUUCUUCCGCCUGUCAUAUCUCAGCUCCCCAUGAAUCUGCUAUAG